AUGGAUUCAGUUAGGGCAGGCCAGUCACAAAAUGCGGACCUCCGACUCCGCGGGAAUGGCGAACCAUCCAAGCCGGUCCAGCAAAAGCGCUCACAGAACUCGAUCUUGCCAACCAAUUCGAAUACAUCCAAGAGACGCCGGGGACUCUUUCGCGUGGACACAGCGGGAGAGAGCGGGCGGUCUGGUGUACACCCGGUGCAUCUUGUCAAAGUGUGCUUCAGGAGUGUCUGCACGCUCUCAAUGGUCGUGAACAUCCUUUGGCCAUUUGUACCCGCCGCGAUUGCCAUGCACUUUGCCCGACCCGACCUUCACGUCUGGGUGUUCACUCUCAACUACAUUGCGAUGGUGCCCUCGGCCAAUCUGCUAGGGUUUGCCGGCGGGGAAUUAGCGAAGAAACUACCGAAAAUGUUUGGCAUAUUGGUCGAGACUACCUUGGGCUCCGUGGUGGAGCUAGUGCUGUUCAUGGUUCUCUUGCACAACGACGACCCCGCGAAUCAUAAAAACCUGAUCCCCGUCAUUCAGGCUGCUAUCCUGGGGUCCAUCAUGGCGAACCUUCUUCUAUGCCUGGGUCUGUGUUUCUUUGUUGGCGGGCUCAGGCGCGAGGAGCAGGUUUUCCACGAGGCCGUGAGUGAAGUAGGCACUGGACUACUUCUGGUCGCCGGCUUUGGUCUACUGAUCCCAAGUGCAUUCUACUCGGCCCUUCGUGGGAGUGUGAAUGAAGAGUUCACGGCGCAAUUGUUGGGCCAAUAUGCCCUGACCAUCAGUCGUGCCACUGCUAUCCUCCUGCUGGUGGCCUUUUUGACAUACCUUGUGUUUAACCUCCACAGUCACAAUUCGAUUUUCGACGAAAUCCUCGAGGUUGAUGAGCACCACGACGAGGACCGACACGAAGAAGCGGCCCGGGCGAAACUCACCAUGACCGAAUGUAUCAUCGUCAUCUCCAUCUCCCUCGCCUGCGUCUGUAUGUCUGCGGUCUUUUUGGUACAAGAGAUUGAGUUCAUCGUGGAGCGCGGCGUGUCGGAUAAUUUUCUCGGUUUGAUACUCGUCCCUCUUGUUGAGAAGGCAGCCGAGCAUCUCACGGCCGUGGACGAAGCCUGGGACAACCAAAUCAAUUUUGCGCUCUUCCACUGCCUGGCACCGUCCAUCCAGACGGCCCUGUUCAUCGCACCGCUCACCGUGAUCGUUGGCUGGGGGAUGGACAAGGAUAUGAGCUUGAACUUUGAAAUCUUCAUGGUUGUUCUCCUGGUACUCUCAAUUCUCGUGGUUGGCAACUUCUUACGGGAUGGCAAGUCGAAUUAUCUGGAAGGGGCCCUCUGCGUGCUGGUUUAUUUCAUCGUGGCAGUUUGCACCUGGUACUAUCCCAGUGUGGAAAUCACCUCCACCAACCAGUCCUGA